AAGAAGAAUGGCUGAAUAUCUCGAUCGUCCCCUUCCCGAAGAGAAGUACCAGGAGAUAGCGGAUGCCUGCUCCUUUAAGAAUCUCAAAAAUGCCAAUGAGAAAAACAAAGAUCAAACGUUUCACAACCGCUGGCAAGACGGAUCAAGUGGGUAUUUCAGAAAAGGUCAAGCUGGCGACUGGAAGAACUGGUUCACAAAGGCACAGAGUGAAGAAUUUGAUAGACAAUGCGAACUGAAGAUGAAGUAAAAUCCUCACUGUGGAUGUCCUGUCAAUAAACUGGCAUUGUUCUGGGAAUGCGAUCAGUACACACGACAUUCAUGAGAUGAGGAAGAUGUUCCAGUGAUGCAAAAGAGCUAAUUGUUACAGUUAUCAUGAAUCGCCAAAAUGUCCCUGUUUGCAUAAAAUCGUGGUAAACGUUAAUUGUUUUAGAUGAGUAAGAUAGAGAUUGAUUGUUCACAAACAAAACAUUUAUUCUGGCAAAAUAUGUUUACCAGGUCAGCUG